AUGACGACAACUAAUGUUGAUGGUCACAUAACAGUAGAAUUUAGAAGAACCCAUGUUGGCCAUACAUUAAAUAUGAAGUUCUUACAUUUAUCAAAAGAAGAAAGAGAUGAACUGGCUGGAAAAAUUAAAUCAGGUGUGACUUUUGAACGGAUUUUGGACGAUAUUCGAAAAUCUGUAACUUCAACAGAAAGUGUCAACCGUUUCCAUGCUGUGGACAAACGAGAUUUACAUAACAUUAAAAGAGAUUAUGACUUGGACAGAGACAUUGUACACACAAAUGACGCUUUUAGUACAGAAAUAUGGGUGCAAGAACAAAUGUUACUCAAAGAAAAGUCACCAGUAGCAUAUUUUAAAAUGCAAGGAUGUGAGAAAGAAGGUCCACUAUUGAAAGACGAUUUUAUGAUUGUAAUAAUGACACCUUAUCAAAUAGAUGUUUUGUCAAAAUAUGCAACUGGCAGAAUUUGCGUUGACAGCACCCAUGGAACAACCAGUCAUGACUUUCAGCUCACAACAUUACUUGUAGUUGAUGAAUUUGGAGCUGGUUGCCCAGUUGCAUUCUGUUUAAGCAAUAGAAUUGAUACAGUGGCUAUGUCUAGAUUUUUUUUGUCUGUAAAAGAAAAAGAAGGUUUAAUUACUACUAAAGUUCUUAUGUCAGACGAUACCUCAACAUACAUUAAUGCCUGGUCUAAUAUAAUGUCAAACCCAGAUUAUCACUUACUUUGCAACUGGCAUGUAGACAGAAGUUGGAGAAAAAAUCUUAAUAAAAUUAAAUCUCUAACUAAGCAGUCGGAAGUGUAUAAAGCUUGUCGUACAUUGAUGGAAAUUUUGGAUAUUGAUCAGUUUCAGAAUUCCUUAGAGUGCUUUCUUGCAAUGUGUGAAGAUGACGACGAAACAAAAGACUUUGGGAUUUACUUUAAAAAUUAUUACUCUCAACGACCCAAAGCAUGGGCAUUUUGUUACAGACUUGAUCUAUCGUUGAACACAAACAUGUACCUGGAAGCAAUGCACAAGAAAUUAAAAUAUUGUUAUAUGCAUG